AUGCUUCAAGAUACAAGAUCAUUAUACGACCGUCCGAUUGACGCCAACCGGAGGAUCAAGGUUGUCUGUAUUGGGGCUGGCUACUCUGGCAUUUUGACGGCGAUUCGUUUUCCCCAACACAUCCCGAAUCUCGACCUUGUCAUCUACGAAAAGAAUGAUGAUAUAGGAGGGACCUGGUAUGAAAAUCGAUACCCUGGAGUGGCAUGCGAUAUUCCGUCUCACGUGUAUCAAUUCACCUUUAGCGGCAACCCAAACUGGUCGCGCUUCUACGCCGCCGGUGGCGAGAUUCAAGAGUAUUUGAAGGAUGUUGCUUGGAAGUAUAACGUGGAACAAUACGUCCGCUUCCGGCAUUACUUCCAGAGAGCCGAAUGGGACGAGAUAACGCAACAAUGGCGCCUCACACUGACUAACCUGGCGACAAACGAAACUCUCGCCGACAGUGCCGACGUCCUUUUGAAGGGCACUGGCAUUCUCAACACCUGGAAAUGGCCCGACAUUCCAGGCAUCCACGACUUCAAAGGUCCCUACAUGCAUUCUGCCCAAUGGGACCCCGGAUUUGACUGGACUGGCAAGCGCGUGGCUCUAAUAGGGGCGGGAUCAAGCGGUAUUCAGAUACUGCCUCAAAUUCAGCCCAGAGCCGGACGCGUCGUCCAUUUCAUGAAAGGCAAAACAUGGAUCUCUCCGGUGGGCUAUGGCGCGGAAGAAGGGGGUGACGCUAACGGAGUGGACAUCUCGGUCGUACAACGUAAGCUCUACAGUGAAAAUCCGUCCUUAUAUCGAGAGUAUCGACAUAGAAUCGAGGGGGGCAUGAACAAAAGUCAACUCGUGACUUUCCGCGACACCGAGAUCCAAAAAAUGUUCUGGAAGAUGAGUGACGACUCGAUGAAGGAGAAGCUCAAGAAGAAGCCUUGGAUCUAUGAGUCAAUGAGGCCAGACUACCCUCCCGGCUGCCGAAGACUGACCCCAGGUCCUGGAUACCUUGAGGCAUUGACCGAAGACAACGUUGAAUUCGUCGGCGUAGGUAUCCAAAAGGUGACAGCAAACGGUCUUUACGACGCCAACGGCAAAUUUCACGAGGUGGAUGCCAUCAUAUAUGCCACGGGAUUUGACUAUUCCUGGAGCUCAGCUUCUACGCCCUUUAUCGGCCGCGGCGGCGUGACUUUAGACGAGGUCUGGACACCACAGCCGGAAGCAUAUCUUUCCUUGUGCGCCCCACGAAUGCCCAAUCUCUUUUUCUAUCUCGGCCCCAAUGGAGGCCCGGGUGCCGGAUCUUUCAUUGCAAUGCUCGAGAGCGUGGUCGACUAUAUCAUCCAGUGUGUCAAGAAAAUGCAGAGAGAAUACAUUGCCUCGAUGGAAGUUUCCGAAAGCGCACAUAGAGCAUUUUCGGAACAUGUAGAUCGUUAUUUUACCAAAACCAUCUUUACAUAUAAGUGCAAGUCCUGGUUCAAGCGGAAUUCGGAGGAAGGUCGCAUCGUCGGCCUCUGGCCGGGCUCCUCCGUCCACGCUCAGGAGGCUCUCAAGAGACCAAGAUUUGAGGACUUCUCGUUUGUCCCGAUGCCCGAGACCCGACACAACAUUAUGUCUUGGCUGGGAAAUGGAUUGACCGCUGCCCAGGAGAACGACGAGAAGACCACUGGCUACCUCGACACGGUGGACAUCCCGCCAGUAAUCAACAAGGGUCCGCGACCCGGGAAGAAAAGCUUUACCGUCGGUGGCGCAAAUGGCUUGCCUACGCAAGGAGACUCGGAAUUCAAAGUAGCGCAUGCUCACUUGGAAGAAUUGUCGGCGCCGAUUGCAACUGUGCCGCAGUAG